CAAGGUGGGCGUUGGCUGGAUAGUGCUAGGCCUUGCCCUCUUCCUCACAACGUUUGGACUUGGCUACCCUCUGGUUCUCCUUACAUCCUUCCUAGCUUUUGCUGUUGGGGGCUUAUGGAUCGUGUACAGAGGACCGGGGGCUUUGGACUCGACAGCCAUCUUGAAUUCAAUCAGCUCAGCUACCCAGCUUCGUGAAGAGAGUAUCGGAGCAAGACAGAUUGUUGGUGAGAUGCAAGUUAAGCCAAGGCGGUAUAAAAGUGACAAGAGACUUACUGGAGCUAGUAUCAUCGAUGAUCAACUUCAAGAGGUUGUGUUGCUAACUCUGCGUGACUACGUCCAUCCUUGGUAUCAUAAACUUAGCAACGACGAUCAGUUCACUCACGAAAUACGACAAGUCAUCCAGAACGCCAUCAUAUCGGUUGCUACAAAAUCUAAAGAUGUGGAUUGGCUGACCUACUUUACCAGGAAGUUAGUGGAUGAUGUCGCCUCUCACGUCAGACUAUUCAGGAAUUCUCAGGAUAAACUCAGGGCCAUCAUCAGAUCAGAAGAAUCAAUGGCGCCUCCACCUGACCUGGAGUCCAUUUUCUUUGAUCUGGAGAUUGAAAUGGAGAAUGGGAUCUGCCGAGAUCUUGUUUGCACAUCGGAAGAAAAAGAAGCGGAAUAUCUUCGAGCUAUAUCUGAAAUCUUAUUAUUCCUGCUGAUUCCGGAUCGUGAGUUCCACAGCAAGCCGUUUUGCUUUGCGCUUCGGGAAGUGAUAGCCAAUGGAAUGAUCAAGUCGAUGAUAGAGCAGCUUACGGAUCCGGAUUAUAUUAACCAAACCAUUAUAUGGAUCUGCAAAGACAGUACUUUUACAACAGAAGCCUUUCUACUUACGAUAAAGACUGCUGCAAACAUUGACGAGCUGGAGGCCAUGAUUGGCAUUGUCGACCAUGAGAUAUACAAGCAACGAUCUCGAGACACAAAUAGACUCAUGAAAGAUGAAGGUGUAGAUGCCAAGACGCAACUGAAGAGUUUACAAUUCUUGAGACAGAUGUGUUCAGAUACAAUCAACAGGAUUCUCUCUGGUGAAGAUUUAGAUGCAGCAGAUGAGGUGGACGAUGAAGAUCAGACGUUAGAUCCCAAGACUCUCUACUCGUUACCUCUCAACAUUGUACUGGUCAACAGCAUAGCACUUUCCUACUUCAUAGAUUUCAUGAGAAAAGAGAACUGCCAAUCCUACGUCUUCUUCUGGCACACGGUGGAGGGAUACCGGGUGAUGGCCGAACAGCAACUCUCCGCCGUCCAGCUGUCCAAAGUCCAACCUGCCGAUGGUGCACCUCAGAAGGAAUCGGACGUCAUGGAGAUGCUUCGAGCCGCAGCCCUAAACAUCUUUACAGAGUACCUUGCAGAAGAUGCAACCAACCGAGUGAAACUAGAAGGUCAGCUGGUCAAGAGAACACACCAAAGAAUACAAAAACAAUCCUCACUGGAUACUGUCUUUGAUGAGGCUCAGAAAAGGGUGUUUAGUAUAUUAGAAGAGGAUCGUUUCUUGCCUGCCUUUAAGCAGAGUCCCAGCUAUGUGAAGUGUCUGGCUGAACUCGACCUUCUGAAAGACGACGAUUCUAAUCGUUUAGGAGAUGACGCUUCCGUCCAGCUUGAUUCAUCGCCCGACAACAGUACUGUGGCUUCUUCUGAAGACCUAUCGUCUUUAGGUAGCCAGGGAUCGAUAGAGCAUCUGAAUGAUCUUGAGAGUCCUGGUCACAUAGACAACAGCAAACCAUGCAUCAUUGCAUACAUCACUCAUGCAAGUAUCGUCAAGGAGAAAGGCAAAUCCUACGCUGUCUACGCAAUCCACGUCACAAGGACCGACAGCCAGGGUGUGACGGAGAUCUGGGAUGUCUUCAGGCGAUACAGUGACUUCCAUGACCUUCACAUGUGCCUCGUGGAAAAAUAUGAGUCGCUUCGGACCCUACUCCUGCCGGGGAAACGUGCUUUCAAGAACACCAACAAGAGCUUCUUAGAAAAGAGGGCUAGGUCGCUCACGCAAUAUCUUCAGACUCUUUUAAAUCAAGAUGUUCUGACCAGCAAUCCUGGUCUGCAGAGCAUUAUCUGCAACUUUCUGGAACCUGGUGUCUAUCAUCGAGGCAAAGGUCUUCUGGCAAGACGGAUGGACCAUUUUGUCAACCCUUUGAAGACUGGCGUUCGUAACGUGGCCCACACAGUCAAAUCCGUCCCAGGCAACCUUGUUGAUGGUGUUGCCAUGGUUUCAGAUAAGAUGUCUGAUACCGUGAAUAAAGUUUUUAAGCCUCCGAAGCAAUUGCAAGAUAUCGGGAGGGUGUCUUCUGUAAUCAGUUCUUCGGAUGAUGACAACAUUCCAUUGCGGGUCAUGCUGCUGCUGGUCGACGAAGUCUUUGACCUGAAGAACCGUGAUCAGUGGUUACGUCGACAGGUCGUCACUCUUCUACGGCAGAUCAUCAAGGCAGCAUUUGGCACCAAGAUAAACUCCAGGAUCAUCGAAGGGGUGGAGACUAUCACUUCGCCAGCUCAUGUAGCCGAACUUGUGAAACGUUUGAAGGAGUCUUUCUGGCCUGGUGGUGUGCUAGCAGAGGUGCCUGAACCUAGAGAUGAAGCUACGAAACUCAGGACAAGGGUUGCUGCAAAGGCUGAAUUAUUCGGCAGUGUGCCAGAUGAUUUGAAGAACUUUAUCGGCUCUGAGACGACGCGACGCGGGAUGUUGAGGACCUUCAACAUGCUCCAGAACCAGACGCUCAACAAACGACUCUUCUACGUGUUCCUCGAGAACCUCCUCCUCACCCUCUUCCCUGAGAACAAGUUUGGCGAGAUCUUCCACAAGCUCCACUCGCAGUCGCCAAGAAUACGAGUCCGCAAGGAGAAGAUGCAUGAACAACAGAGGGCGGCACAGCAGCAAGAGAUGCGCAGCAGGCGAAGAGACGUCAGGUGACACACGGCGAAUGCUGCAAGAAUCGACCAUCUGAUUUCUGUAGCUUGACUUUCAAACGUGUGAGGCUGGAAGAUGUAAGGUGUUACCGAAGCCCACUUUAAUGAUGCGGUCCCAAGGUCUAAUUCCUAGCCAUUCUGUAGAAUUGCUUGGUUUCACUGGGAAAUCAGAGUGCCGAUCUUGCGAUCAGGUUUAAGACCACACCCUCAAAUUGUGUUGGGGGUUUUGAUUGGUUUCUUAUCCUCAGGAAUCUGAUCCAAAUAAUACAGACAAUCUGUUUGAGGGUUCACAACAUACUCUCUGCUUUAAUUUUGUGGACAGCCCAGUUAUUAACCACACAUUGUAUGGGAUGUCCAUGAACUUGGGACUUAUAAUGUCUUGUGAUACAAGGUCCACAUUCUUUCAAGAUCUUUUCUCUGCACAUUGAUCUGUUUGGGCAUUGUCCAUAUCUCAAAGCCAAAGACACUUAUUGAUUAUCUUCUUCACCAAAUGUGAUGAUUUGUAAUUGCAGAAUAAUAUCAUGACAUAUUAUUACCAUCACAUGUUUGUUUUUAACUUGUUGCAUAUGAAUAGAAAACAGCAAAAGCUAUACCUCACUCACACGAUAGCAACAGAUUACAGAUUGAACCAAAGCAUAGAGUGGAAGAUAUUUGAUCAUAUUAAUGCUUCAAAAGUCAUUCACAGAACAUCAAUCAGUCCCCCCCCCCACAUAAAAUCUGUAAAAUGAUUUUAAUAAAAAUUAUUAGCAGAUUGAGCACUUCAAUAAUUUGCAUUAUUAUUAUGAAAAAUAUGGAGGGAGCGGAAUCGGUAAUUCUCAUAUUUUCUUUGCUUGUGUAUAUUGAACCAAAUUAGAGUAACUCCAUUCUUGACAAUAAUGAUGAUAUUCUGAAAAUUGGUAAAGUCCAACCUCUCUUAUCCGGCCUCCCCUUAUCUGGACGCACACUUGCUGAUAAUUUUUUUUUUCAAUCUAGUACGUGGGGAAAUGAUAUUUCAAUCUAAAAUGAAAAUUCCUAUGCAAACUUACUUUGAUUACAUAUAUUUUCCAAUAUAGUCUACCUACAACCACAUUAUUUUUUAUGAAAAUAUCUCUCACCCAAAUCACCAAAAGAACUUACACAGUAUAAUUUUCCAGUAAAUCAGGGCACAGCGCAACCAAUUUAUCACAUUCUCUUUUUUUAUUUCGGGGAAAAAAACAUGUCUCGUGCGCUCAGGCCUCGUCUUGCAUUACGGACAGCGUCAUCUAUCAUGUUUGAGCCUACAGUUAGUAUAACAAUGGCUGACUUUGCGAAGCAGCGAUGAUCCAAUUUUUCAAAGUCAGUUUCAUUGAGUCAUUCUUGUUCUUUUGAGGUUUGCUCGAUGUUUUCCUCAGUCAUUUCAGCAGGUAAAUUAUCCAAGAGUUUUGGCAACAAAUCGAUUUCAUUUCCGUAAAAAAACGCUUAUGACUUGCACCGACAGCAGGGAAAUACUGUCUGUGUGCGCCCACUACAAUAGAUUACGUGUAGCUACCAUUGGGGAGGCAGCAGCGUGUAUGUAAUAUUGGGUCUUCCAGGUCCAGAUAAAUCCCUUAUCCGCAUUGGUGCUGGUCCCAACGUGUCCGGAUAAGAGAGGUCUGACUGUACACAUAUCGAUGUAUCUAGCUGUCGGAGGAGCAUUUGCACAGCUGCUUUCAAGUGCAAAAGCCUUACAAAAAUUUCUCAUAUCAGAAUGAAGUUGUUUAAGGUUCGGCCAUGUUAUUGAGGUAUGAAGUAUAAAGAAGAUUGUAAUAUCCUGCAUUUCCCAAUGUUGCAAAGUUUCUUUCACCAACACAAGCUUUUUAACAACUUCAGAAGUUGGAUUUUUUAACGCUUUGAGGCAUGACUCAGUUCUCGUAAAGCGUCGCCUUUCAUUAUCAGGAUGAUUUUUCUGCCAUGUUGCGGGUGUGUGAAAAAUGUGUGCGUGUAAAGUGGGAGUGUGUGAAAUUAUUUGUGCAUGUGGGGGUGGGGGUGGGUGAGUGUGUGCAAAUGAGAAGGUGUCGAUUGAUUCUUUCAAGAUGAUAAUGCAUUCUAUAGUUUCUUCUCCCACAUCCUACAUUUAACAGAUACCUAACAGGGACCUGUAUAUGAAGUCCACCCUAUGGACACUUGUGGUCUUAAUGAGAAGGUGGAUAUGUUUCAUUAUGAAAAAAAACCUUCUUCCUAUGUCAGUGCAUAAGUCAUAGUUUGUCAGGCAUGCUUGAAGCUCUCGAGUUAGAAAUUACCAUUAAAAAAACCCAGAACCCACACUGUAUCGGUCUAUAUCUAUUACAUGCAGACUUGUGGAAUCUUAAGCAGAUAUCACCAUAAUUGUCUUUAAAGGAGAAUGAAACUCUUGGAGCAAGUUAGCUUUUGUGAAAGCAGAAAAAUCAAAGAAUAAGAUCAACAAAAGUUUGAGUAAAAUAGGACUAGCAAUAGAAGAGUUAUGAGCAUUUGAAUGUCGAGAUCACUAAUGCUAUGGAGAUCCUCUCAUUGGCAAUGCGACCAAGAUCUAUGAUGUCACAGAUGAACAACUCUCCCCUUUUGGACACUGAAAAUAUACCCCAAAACAUCUCUGUUUGCUCAUUCUAAUCAUAUGACAAACGAUUCAUCAAUGAUAUAAUGUUGUGAAACCUCUGUACUUGUCCUCUCAUAAAGAGAACACCUCACCUUAAUUGUGAUAGACUCUAUAAAAGUGAGAAUAUAAGUGAAAUAAGUACUAAAGUAAUGAGGAAGUUGUACGUGUGUGACAUCACAGAUCUUGGUCGCAUUGCCAAUGGGAGGAUCUACAUGGCAUUAGGGAUCUCAAUAUUCAAAUGCUCAUAACUUUCUUAUUAUUCAUUCAAUCUUCCUCAAACUUUCAACAAUAUGUUUCUUUGAUUUUUCUCUUUGAUAUGGAUUCAGCUGGUUUCAAGGGUUUCAUUCUCCUUUAAGUUGAACUCGCAAUUUACUGCUGUCAAGCAAGCUGUGUGUACAUGCAUCAUUUAUAUGUAUUGUAUUUUUCUGGUACUCAUAAUAAUAUGGGAGUCCAAGAUAUAUCAACUCGAGUUGAUAUACUUCAUACAUAUCCCAGAAACCCUAAUAAAAUAGAGUGAUGUUCUGUUUUUUUUUUGCUCUGGCAGAUUUUGUGGUGGAUUUUGAUGAGGCAUUUUCUUUUCUUUUUUGUCAACGUCCGUGAACAAGUCUUUGUGGAUUGUUAAUUAUUGGAUGGAACUUUGUUAAUUAUUGGAUCAAUGUGCAAUCAAGUGAAUCAUUGAAAUAUACUCAUGUGAUUCUUUCAAUUCUGCUGCUGUUAAUAUGAUAUCUGAUGACUGAUGGUGAUGUUGACCGUUGACGGGAAUAUUGAACUCUUUCAAUUAUAUAAAGCCAGUCUGGAGAUGUAUGUGGCACCGCUCAAUCAAAUUUUGGUAGCCUAAUUGCCGGUAGAAGUCCACAAUAUCCAAAUAAUGUUAAGUUAUUAAAGGAGAAAACGCUAUAGGCUUGUAAGUCUCAAUGUGAAAUUGAAAUGUUGUUUGUCUGCUAGCUUGUACAUGUAAGUUAUAUUUGAAUUAUAUGAUUUGACUACUGAAAUGUUGAAGUUAAGCACAUGAUUACAAUGCAAGUUUAUUUUGAUUUAUAUGCACCUUAUGAAUUAUCUUAGUACACUUUGAAUGAUAAUAUGCAGAUAUAUUCCAUUUUGUUGAAACCAAGUAAGCCACUCU